AUGUAUUAUCGACGGGCCCCGGCGCUCCUUCGCCUUGCUCGCGGUGUCUCGCAAGCUCCCCGGUGCGGCUUCGCCGCUGCCGCAAGACAUACGGGGGACCCGAGUGAUUCCCUUCGCCCGGGCGGAGAGGUCUCCUCCCUGUGGCUUUCCCAGCCCGGAACGACAAAUGUCAUUAAAUGCGAAAAGAAUCUCAUCAAUGAUGCCAAAUUAAGGCUCGAAUCGGACAGACUGUUUGUGUACAAUGGCACAUCUAAGCAGAACAUGUAUACCUACUUCUAUCUGAGAGAUCUGUGCAAAUGUCCUCAAUGUGUCGACCCACACUCAAAGCAGCGUUCUUUCCGGUCAAGUGACAUUCCACCCAAUGUUGCUCCACGCCGGGUGGAAUGGGAUAAUAAGAAGCUAGUCAUCCAAUGGCAAAACGAUAUCCCAGGAUACGGAAAAUCGCACACUUCGAGCUUCGAUCCAGACUAUCUGGAACGGCCGGUCACAUUAGCGCUACAUGACCCGAAGAAUCUUCGGCAUGUCCGUCCUUGGCAUAACGCUCGGAUGCAGCGAUGGCAACAUUGGGUCUCGUUCGAAGACUACAUGGACGACGAGGUCAAAUUCACGGCGGCCAUGCGCAGUCUCCAAACCCUGGGCUUGAUUUUUGUUAAGGAUAUCCCCGAGUCCCGAGAGAUGGUGGAGAAGAUUGCCACGCGCAUGGGUCCCCUGCGGAAUACUUUCUACGGGUCAACAUGGGAUGUGCGCACAGUGCCGCAGGCCAAGAACGUCGCAUACACCAACCAGCACCUCGGCUUCCAUAUGGAUCUGGUGUACAUGAACGAGCCGCCGGGCUUCCAGCUACUGCACUGCCUCGAGAACUCAUGCGAGGGGGGCGAGUCCCUGUUCUGUGAUACCUUCAACGUUGUAAAUUGGCUGCGGAUGCGGGGAACCAAGUCAGACUACGACCUGUUAACACAGAUGGAGCUUGCGUAUGAGUACCAGCAUGACAACCAUAUCUACCACAACAAACGGCCCGUCAUCCAGAUGGAUGCCACAGGAGAAUUCGUGCAGUAUGUCAACUACUCGCCGCCGUUCCAGUCCGCACUGCCUCUCGCAAAGACAACCAAAGACGACCAAGAUAGGUUCAUGAAAAGUCUUGGAGUUUUUGCAAAACAGCUUCAGAAGCCGUCGAACAUCUUUCAAUUGAAGCUCAACCCGGGCGAGUGCGUGAUUUUCAACAACCGUCGCAUUGCUCAUGCUCGCAAUCACUUCAAUACCACCGAUGGCUCCAGGUGGCUCGCGGGCGCGUAUGUCGAUGAAGACGCUAUGCUGUCUCGAUACGCCGUGUGCCAGAAGAAGUAUCCGAAUGUCUGGCGAGACGCAACUCCAGCGACGGCGGAUUCUACUCCCGACGAUGCCAGCGAGGACUAG